AAACUUGUGUAAUCGUGCAUAUUAUAUGUAAUAUAUGUACCUGUAAAUAAAAUACACAUAUGCAAAUAUAUACACACAGAUAUAUUCCAAAAAGUACAAUCACAGUGGGUACAUAUGGUAUAUACUAUUCUGAACAUUGGGUGUUUUUUCGUUUCUGCCCAUUAAGUAUUUUUUUAUUUUCAUUCUUUAUUACACAUAAAAGUACCUCAUUCCUUUUAACAGGUGUUUAGUAAUCUUUGCCCCCCAUUACAAUAUAUUUACUGGUAACUGUUCGUGUUGUUUUUUGUGUUUUGCUAUUAAAUAGUGUUUCAUCGAAUUCUGUAUUACUAUAUAGCCAGAAAAAUAAAUACCAUUUUUUUACAGCUUGGAUUGAAAUAGAGUGAUAACUAAGUCUUGAGAAUCUCAUUGGGUUCUCCAGAGGGCUGUGUGUAGUUGAACUUUUGCCAUUACUUGGAUUUGCUUUUAAUCAAGAUAUCAGUUAUUUUAAAAAUUAGAUUUAAGAUCUCCAAAUAAUAUUCAUGGCAGUCAUUAGAUUUUAUACUUGUCAAAAGGAACUAUAAAAGUUUUAAGGGUAAUUAAACUAAAGGAUCUUUAAGGCUUUAAAAAAUUUCUUUUCAAAAUAAUUAUUUUAUUCUUUAUUUCUUUCUGUGUAAUGAGAUUAGUUCCGUUGAUAGGUAAGCCAUAUUUUUUUUUUCCCAGAACAUGGCAAAACAGGUUUUUAAAGACACUACUUCAGUAACCUUCAGGUCCCUGUUGUUUUCAUCAUUAAAAUAGCCUUGGUAAAGUCUCUUUUUCUACAGUGCAGGAUUUACUAUAGCACAUAUCAAAUGAGACAGUAGAUGUACAUCUGCUUUGAAAACUUAACAGUGCUAUUCAAAUGCAAGAUGUACUAAUAAUGUUUUGUUGUAUUCAGAAAGCUUUCACAGGAAGAGGCUUGAAUUUUUCUACUCUGUAUUUGAAGUUGGUGGUUAUUUUUAAAGAGAUUUAUCCAUCCGCUUGCAAAAUAUAACAUAGUACAGAAAGUAAAGAAGAAUGAUUACAUUCAAUGGAGAUCCAAACCACAAUGGAAAAUUACAUAGCAUACAGUAUGCUGGCUAUGACUACUCGCAGCAAGGCCGAUUUGUCCCUCCAGAGAUGAUGCAGCCACAACAGCCAUACACCGGGCAGAUUUUUCAGCCAACUCAGGCAUACACUCCAACAACACCUCAGCCAUUCUAUGGAAACAAUUUUGAAGAUGAGCCACCCUUAUUAGAAGAAUUAGGUAUCAAUUUUGACCACAUCUGGCAAAAAACACUAACAGUGUUACAUCCGUUAAAAGUAGCAGAUGGCAGCAUCAUGAAUGAGACUGAUUUGGCAGGACCAAUGGUUUUUUGCCUUGCCUUUGGAGCCACGUUGUUACUGGCUGGCAAAAUCCAGUUUGGCUAUGUAUAUGGGAUCAGUGCAAUUGGAUGUCUAGGAAUGUUUUGUUUACUAAACUUAAUGAGUAUGACAGGUGUUUCAUUUGGGUGUGUGGCAAGUGUCCUUGGAUAUUGUCUUCUUCCCAUGAUCCUACUUUCCAGCUUUGCAGUGAUAUUUUCUUUGCAAGGAAUGGUAGGAAUCAUUCUCACUGCUGGAAUUAUUGGAUGGUGUAGUUUUUCUGCUUCCAAAAUUUUUAUUUCUGCAUUAGCCAUGGAAGGACAGCAACUUCUAGUAGCAUAUCCUUGUGCUUUGUUAUAUGGAGUCUUUGCCCUAAUUUCUGUUUUUUGAACUGAAUUUAUCUGGCAUGUGGACAUCAUUGGGCCAAAAAGGACUUUGAACUCUUAAAUUGGACCAGCGAACUGCUACAGUGCAACUCUCAUGCAGACCUAAUAUUUGAUUAUUGGAGCAAUGGAAGUAAACAUGUAUCUUUUGUUCAUUUUUAUAGAACUUUUGAAUACUAUGUUGGAUUUAUCUGCAGUAUGACUAGCUUUAAGUGUUUGUGCUUAUACAAAUAAGUGCUAUUUCUCUCCUGUUCCUGCAGCCUUUAAAAAACAAAUUUUUUCCCUUGCAAAUUAUAUUAAGAUGUUUUUAAUAGAUUUUUAUCAACUGUGGGAAACUAACCACAGAGCUAACACUCUUUCUUAGAAACAACCCAUAGUUAAGAAGACACAAGACUUACUGCAGAAAUAUUUUUCCAAGGGAUUAAGAGAGAAAAAUUGCCUAUAUUCUUGAGUUAGAUGCACUUGAAGCAAAAAAAGUGAUCCCAAAGUAGAGUUUUAUGAGUUUGCACUUCAAAAAUUUAACAUUCCUUUAAAUUAUCUUAGGGAGUUUUUGCUAAAAUUCAAUGAGAGAAGCCCAUAGUCUACUUUAUUGUAGGUAGGAAAUGUGAACACCUGUUGAGAUUAGCAUUAACUAAACCAUAGUGACCCAGACUGGCCACAUUAAUGUUCAUAGUUGGGAUUCCAUAUUUCCUAGGAAAAAGAAAAUCACUAACCUUUUUUUGAGAAAAAUAUUUAAAAUGUCACAAUUUCAUUACUGCAGUUAUCAAUGUAAAAUGCAUUUGAUGCUUAGUAAUUAAAAUUUUCCCGAUUUUA